AAAGUUAUGGGGAAAGGCAAAAUCUUUGCUGUCAAGGUGGAAUUCUAAGCAUAAGCCUCACGCAUCCCAUUGAUUGUGUCACCUCCCCAACACAAGCAAACAAGAAAGAAAUAAAGGGUGGGUGGGAGGCGACACUCGUGGUGCCUCCCCAUAUUGAGUUGUUCCCCACUCUCCUGGUUUUUCUUCUUGUCGACAGGAGAGGGCUGGUCUUUUAGUCUCAAUCCUUGACUUGCCAGAAACCCAUUUCUUUUGGGUUGUUUCUUCAUCCAUUUCUCAUGGCGAGGAGGCCAGAAGAUGAGUAUGAUUACCUCUUCAAGUUGGUCUUGGUUGGGGACUCUGGAGUCGGGAAGUCGAACAUCCUUUCCAGGUUCACUAGGAAUGAGUUCAAUUUGGAAUCAAAGUCCACAAUUGGCGUGGAGUUUGCGACCAGAGCCAUUCAGGUCGACGGUAAGGUCAUAAAAGCACAAAUCUGGGAUACAGCAGGGCAGGAGAGAUACCGAGCUAUAACAAGCGCAUAUUACCGUGGGGCAGUAGGUGCACUUCUGGUUUAUGACAUAACAAAGCAAUCAACUUUUGAAAAUGUUAAUAGGUGGCUAAAGGAACUCCGGGACCAUGCGGACGCAAGCAUCGUUAUCAUGCUUAUCGGAAAUAAGUCUGAUCUCCAGCACAUGAGAGCUGUUUCAACAGAGGAUGCCCAGCAGUUCUCUCAGAGGGAGGUUUUAUCUUUUCUUGAGACAUCUGCACUUGAUGCGACAAACGUAGACAAGGCAUUUCAGACAAUUCUGUCUGAAAUUCAUCGGAUCGUUGUCAAGAAGUCACUUGCUUCUGGAGAGUCCGCAGGGAAUGGCAUCAAAGAAGGGAAAACUAUUCUUGUAAAUCAGCCAGACCCUGCUGCUUCAAAGUCUUGUUGCACUUAGAAACCUAUAUAAAGAAGGAAAGCAGGCAGGGGUAAAGGAGUUCAUAUGUUGCGUGGUUUUCUUAUUUGUUUGCAGUCUAGCAUGUAUUGAAUACCUGUCUUUUUCUUUUCUUUUUUCUUCUUAUUUUGGGUUUUAAGAUGGGUUGGGAAAUAUUCUCUUCAACAAUCUCUCUAGCCAUUAACUAUUGAAUUUCAUUUAUUUUUUUA